CUGACUGAGCUCCAGGCUUCAGGCUCAAUCUGCGGCCAGCAGCAGAGGUGGUGGGGAGGAGAGGAACAUUUGAUCCAAUACUUUAUUCCUCCUGUGGCUUCUUUCACUGGGGCAGGAAGAACAAAAGACGGACAGCUGCAUGAUAAGAGGCGCCAGCUCUCUCUCAUCUCGACUGUGAGCCGGGCUAGCUUGAUGCUCCGUUCAGCCUGCUAGCCUUUGUGGCAGGGCUGUCCAUGCAUCCGAGGAGCCCCUAAACAACCCGGGCUGGGAGAAGCCUCGGCUUUUUUUUUUUUUUUGCCUUGACAGUCUGCAAAAAACAUUCUCCGAGUGGGCAGACAGCAGCAUCCCUGUCAGCUCUAGUGCGCACCCAGAAAGAGGCUUCCCAGUGAGGAGCAUCUUCGCCUGGGCACGGUUUCACGUCGUCGCCUGUCUGCAACCUCCAGCUUGACAGGACCAAGAGGCGAUUGAUGACUAAUAAUCUUUCAAGAUAGGCAACAAUGUUGUGCACCGUGGCCAACAUGUUGGCAACAGGAUUGCUUUUCUUGGGAUUGUUGCACAGUUUGGAAGUAUUCUCUCCGGCAAGGGCAAUUGAUGCUCCAAAGACUUGCAGCCCGAAGCAGUUUGUGUGCAAGGACGGGGUGACGUGUAUCUCUAAAGGCUGGCGCUGCGACAGAGAGAAGGACUGCCCCGACGGCUCUGAUGAGGAGCCUGAUGUUUGUCCGCACAGUACCGUAUCGCGGUGCCCCCCUAACGAGUUCCAGUGUGGCGGGACGGAGCUAUGCAUCCACAUGAGCAAACUGUGCAACGGGGCUUCAGACUGUACUGACGGCUGGGACGAGGGACCACACUGCAGAGUGUUUGUGUCCAACUGUUCGCUCCAGGGUUGUCAGGAGAGCUGUGCGGUGACUCCAUCAGGCCCUGCUUGUUUUUGUAAAAGUGGUUUUGAGAUCAGCCCGGAUGGAAAGACAUGCAAAGAUUUUGACGAGUGCAGUGUGUAUGGGACCUGCAGUCAGUCCUGUACCAACACUGAAGGCUCCUACGCCUGCUCCUGUGUGGAGGGGUACUUGUCCCAGCCAGACAACCGCUCAUGCAAAGCCAAGAAUGUACCAGUAGACCGGCUGCCUGUCCUGCUGAUUGCCAACUCCCAGAACAUCCAAGCCACCUCCCUGAGCGGCACCACGGUCCACAGCCUGCUGUCCACCAGCACCAAACAAACCACAGCCAUGGACUUCAUCUACGCCCAGGAGAGUGUCUGCUGGAUCCACGUAGGAGACGCCCCCUCCUCCACACACCUCAAAUGUGCCAAGAUCCCCAAUCUGAAGAGCUUCACAGAGGAGAGAAUCAUCAACAUCUCCCUCAGCCUGCACCGUGAGUACAUCAGCAGCAAAAAGCCCCUUCCCCCUGGUACAUUUACAAAGUACAGCAUGAUCUGCACAGGCCGGAGUACACACAGUGAAGUUAUUCACACAUAACAUACCAUAUAAUAC